AUGGCGUCCGCAUCGGUUUCCACCCCCAUCAAGUCCCACAAGGGACUAUUCUCUACCCGUACCGCAGGCGGUCGGAUGCCAUUGACCCCUUCUCCCCGGCAGCAGACAUCUAAGAAUGCUCUUGCCAUCGACCUGAACUCUUCUCCAUUCACACCCGAGAAGCGCUCGUGUUACGAUGCCAAGGCAUCCAAGUCUGUCUAUGGAGGAAAUCUGAUGUCACACCUUGCUCGGUCUACACCCAAGGCUGCCCACCGCGAAUCGCAUCGUGAAUCACACCGCGACUCACACCGUGAUUCUCCCAAGUCCAAUAUUGCCCGGGUGUGCCCCACUCCCCGCAAAGCCCUUGAACUCGGCGUCUCAGACUUUACUCUUACGGGAACUGGCAACACCAGGACCCCUGCCAAGAAGGCCGCACUCCGACAAAAAGCAAACAAGACCACCCUGAACUACUCUGGCGACCGCUUCAUUCCAAACCGCUCCGCCAGCUCUGGAAUCGUUAACUCUGGUUCCAGCAAGCUCAGCACUUCAGACAGACAGCGCCCCAAGACCAGCACAGGAGAAAGCUCAUCAGUGCUUUCAUCGGCUGCUGACGAUGCCGCUGCUGCAUUGGAGGGCUUGAACCUCAACGACGAAGAGCCUGACAGCUACUCGAGGCCGUCACCCAACACAGUUGCUUACCAGGAUUCUCUUGCCAAUGCCUGUGGUGUCAGUCUCAACACUCGCAUUCUCGAGUUCAAGCCAGCAGCACCAGAGUCCUCUAAGCCUAUCGACCUAAGACAGCAGUACAACAGACCUCUCAAGCCUGCGACCAGCACUUCUGCCCAGUCGCGACGACGCAUUGCCACCGCUCCGGAGCGUGUCCUUGAUGCCCCUGGUCUUAUUGAUGAUUAUUACCUCAACCUCCUGGACUGGAGCUCCGGCAACCAGGUCGCAAUUGGUCUGGAGCGCAACGUCUAUGUGUGGUCCGCUGAUGAGGGCAGUGUUAGCUGCUUGCUGGAGACACCUGCUGACACCUACGUCAGUAGCGUAAAGUGGUCUGGCGAUGGUGCAUACGUCGGUGUUGGAUUGGGAACCGGGGAAGUUCAGAUCUGGGAUGUCGCCGAGGGACAGAAGAUCAGAAGCAUGCACGGCCACGACACUCGUGUUGGUGUCAUGGGUUGGAGCAAGCACCUUCUCUCUACUGGCGCUCGCAGCGGUCUCGUGUUUAACCACGACGUUCGUAUUGCAGAGCACAAGGUUGCUGAGCUGGUAUCCCACACCUCCGAAGUGUGUGGCCUGGAAUGGCGUUCCGACGGUGCCCAGCUUGCUACUGGCGGCAACGACAACCUCGUCUCCAUCUGGGACGCUCGGUCACUUAUGGUGCCCAAGUUCACCAAGACCAACCACAAGGCAGCUGUCAAGGCUCUCGCCUGGUGUCCUUGGAACAUGAACUUGCUGGCUACCGGCGGUGGCUCUUAUGACCGUCAUAUUCACUUCUGGAACUCAACCUCAGGUGCCCGUGUCAACAGCAUCGAUACUGGAUCUCAGGUCACAUCCUUGCGCUGGAGCCCUCACUACCGUGAGAUUGUCAGCUCAAGUGGCUUCCCUGACAACUCGCUCAGCAUCUGGAGCUAUCCUACCCUGGUGCGCAACGUGGAAAUCCCCGCACACGAGAGCCGUGUGUUGCACAGCUGUCUCAGCCCUGACGGACAGAUGCUCGCUACCGCUGCUGCGGAUGAGAGUUUGAAGUUUUGGAAGGUGUUUGAGAAGAAGGCUGGUUCUGCUGGCAGUAUUGCUGGCGGAGCCUCGUCCGGUAAAGCCGACAUGGUCAAGCAAAUGACCAUCCGGUAA